AUGGACUCUCUUAUAACAAGACCGCGGCCCAGCGCCUGGGAACUUUUCCUGCGCUCACCGCUGCUGUACCUCGCACGCAAGUUAUACAGCUCCCGUGAUAUUGUCCCCUAUCGUCCCCUAUCGGACCCCAUCACCGUGGUCUGCGUCUCAGACACCCACAACAGCCAGACCGCACUCCCCGACGGUGACCUCCUCAUCCACGCGGGAGACCUCACUCAGAGCGGGACACUGAAGGAACUCCAGGCCGCGCUGGACUGGUUGAAGGCGCAACCACACGCACACAAGAUCGUCGUCGCCGGCAACCACGACACCAUCCUCGACCCGUCCCGGGACAGAGAGGGCGAGAGGGCGCAGCUGCACUGGGGCGACAUCACGUACCUGUGCAACGAGGCCGCGACAAUCGAGUGUGCCAGCGGGCGGAGGCUGCGCGUCUACGGCAGCCCCCUCUCGCCCAGGUAUGGCAACUGGGCGUUCCAGUACCCCAAGUCGGAGGACGUGUGGGCGGGCGCGGUGCCGGACGGCGUGGACAUCCUCGUCACCCACGGCGCCCCGCGGGGGCAUCUCGUCUUGAUGAGCAUGGGCUGUGCGCAUCUGCUGCGGGAGGUGUGGCGGACGCGGCCGCGGCUGCAUGUCUUUGGGCAUGUACACGAGGGCUACGGGCGGGAGUGGGUCGGGUUUGAUAAGACGCAGGGCGCAUUUGAGGGAGUGGUGAUAAAUACAGGAUUGGAGAGGAUACUUAGUUUUGGGAGGCUGGUUUUUGAGAUCAUUCGAGAAAGGUUCCGCUCGGCAAGGGAGGCAUCAUGUCUGCUGGUAAACGCAUCGAUGGUAGGUGGGCUCUGGGAUAGGGAACGAAGGAAACCCAUCACGGUUGUGUUGUGA